GCCAGUCCCCAGUCCACAGUGGCAGCGAGAAGGUGAUUCCUGGCUGGCAGUUGGCAUCUGAGCAGGUACCAGGAUGUUGGGCUGGGUCCAGAAGGUGCUGCCUCAGCCCCCAGGAACUCCUCAGAAGACAGAGAUGGAGGAGGAAGAGGAGGAGGAAGAAGCCGAACUGGAGUCGGAGCUAGAGCUGGAACCGGAGCCCCUGGAAGAGCCAGCCGAUGAGGAGGAAGUGACUGCGGCUGACUCGGGCCUCCAGGCCCUCCAGGCCCAGGCUGCGGAGUUUCCUGACGUGAACAGUCCCAGCGGUUGGGUGCUGACUUGGCUCAGGAAGGGCAUGGAGAAGGUGGUACCACAGCCCGUCUGCAACGGCAGGGCAGCCCACACAGUGGCCGGCACGGAGGCCCCGGCUCAGGAUGAAGCACAGAUCCUUGGGCACCAUGGCACAGGGAACACAGGGUCUGCAGGUGGAUCCAGUGAGUUCCCCGGGGCCCAGGAUACCAGGUCACUGGCCCUCCUUAGGCCCAGCCCAUGGCUGCUCAGGUGGCUGGAGCAGAACCUGGAGAAAAUGCUACCUCAACCCCCGACACCCGCUAAGGGCUUGAUUGCUGAGCCUGCAGGUGCUGUCCUGGGCCCAGAGCCUCCAGAACCCCCGCUGGAGACGGAGCCCACGCCGCCGCAGGACCCCGAGAGCGCCUGUGUGACCAGUCUCGAGGAGGAGCCGGCUCCAGAGCCCCAGCCCAGCCUCCAGACCUCCUCCCUGCCGCCACCUGCGCACUCUGCCGGGUUGCUAGCGUGGCUCCUACACAGGCUGAAGAAGGCCCUGCCGCAGCCGGUGCUCCCUGGGAACAGCCGGGAGCAGGAGCCUGGCUGCCCGGAGACGUGUGACGCGCAGACCAUUGGCAUCCUGGCCACGCAGCGACAGGAGCCCGACCUCAUCCUGGAAGAUGUUGAGUCUCACUGGGAGGAUGCCCAGCAGGACUGCAGCUCCAGCCCCCAGGAGAUGGAGAGGCUUCCAGCUCACGGGAAAGAGAACAAGGCCGUGGUGGAGACGCCCAGCCCCAGUGUCCGGCUGGAUAGCUCCUGGCUGGUGCAGUCCAGUGUGGAUCCGAGCAGAGGAGGCGGGAAGCAGCCCCCGAAGGCCUCAUUCCAGUCCCCAGGGUCACACCUCUGCCCGCAACCUUCGGACUCCAGCACCAUGGCCAAGCCAGGCCAGGACAUGGAGCUGAAUCGCCUGGUCCAGGACCAGCCGCCUGGCCAGGGGGCCCCCAGGCUUGCACCCCCGAACCUGGCAGAGCACCUCCCCAAUGUGCCUAGCUACCGCCCGCCCAUCACCCGCAUCCCUGUCCUCGUCACCCGGAGAACAGCCCUGUCCAAUUCCAGCUUCGCCAAGGAGACCAGGAGCUCCAUUCGUCGCCUAGUGCCUGCCACCAAGGAGCACCCGGAGGUGCAGGUGGAAGACACCAAGGCGGACAGCCGCCCCCUCAUCGUGGAGGAGACGCCACCGGAGCAGCUGCCACCUUCGCCCGUCAAAUCCGACACCCUCACGGUCCCCGUCUCGGCCCCCGGGGCCCACAGGAAGAAACUGCCCUCCCACGAGGAUGAUGAGGCCGAAGAACUCAGGGGGGCGCUGUCACCAGCCGAGUCCCCAGUGGUGGCCUGGUCAGACCCCACCACCCCACAGGAAGCCGAUGGCCAGGACCGUGCGGCCUCCACCGCCAGCCAGAACAGCGCCAUCAUCAACGACCGGCUGCAGGAGCUGGUGAAGCUCUUCAAGGAGCGGACGGAGAAGGUGAAGGAGAAGCUCAUCGACCCGGAUGUCACCUCCGACGAGGAGAGCCCCAAGCCCUCCCCAGCCAAGAAAGCCCCAGAGCCCGCCCCAGCCUCGAAGCCCCCGGAAGUGGAGCAGGUGGAGGAGGAGCACUAUUGUGACAUGCUCUGCUGCAAGUUCAAACGGCGCCCCUGGAAGAAGUACAAGUUCCCCCAGAGCAUCGAUCCGCUGACCAACCUGAUGUACAUCCUGUGGCUGUUCUUCGUGGUGCUGGCCUGGAACUGGAACUGCUGGCUGAUCCCCGUGCGCUGGGCCUUCCCCUACCAGACGCCGGGCAACGUCCACCUCUGGCUGCUGAUGGACUACCUGUGCGACCUCAUCUACCUCCUGGACAUUGUCGUGUUCCAGAUCCGCCUGCAGUUCGUCCGAGGGGGUGACAUCAUCGUGGACAAAAAGGAGAUGCGGAACAACUACCUGAGGUCCCGCCGAUUUAAGAUGGACCUGCUGUGCCUCCUGCCCUUGGAUUUGCUCUACUUGAAGUUGGGCAUGAACCCCCUCCUCCGCCUGCCCCGCUGCUUAAAGUACAUGGCCUUCUUCGAGUUCAACAACCGCCUGGAAGCCAUCCUCAGCAAGGCCUACGUGUACAGGGUCAUCAGGACCACAGCCUACCUGCUCUACAGCCUGCACCUCAACUCCUGCCUCUACUACUGGGCGUCGUCCUACCAGGGAAUCGGCUCCACCCACUGGGUGUACGACGGCGUGGGAAACAGUUACGUCCGCUGCUACUACUGGGCCGUGAAGACCCUCAUCACCAUCGGGGGGCUGCCCGACCCCCAGACCCUCUUUGAAAUUGUCUUCCAGCUCCUCAAUUAUUUCACGGGGGUCUUCGCUUUCUCCGUGAUGAUUGGACAGAUGAGAGACGUGGUGGGGGCCGCCACGGCGGGACAGACCUACUACCGCAGCUGCAUGGACAGCACCGUGAAGUACAUGAACUUCUACAGGAUCCCCAGGUCCGUGCAGAACCGGGUCAAGACCUGGUACGAGUACACCUGGCACUCGCAAGGCAUGCUGGAUGAGUCAGAGCUGAUGGUGCAGCUUCCAGACAAGAUGCGGCUGGACCUCGCCAUCGACGUGAACUACGACAUCGUCAGCAAGGUGGCGCUCUUCCAGGGCUGUGACCGGCAGAUGAUCUUUGACAUGCUGAAGAGGCUGCGCUCUGUCGUGUACCUGCCCAACGACUACGUGUGCAAGAAGGGGGAGAUCGGCCGGGAGAUGUACAUCAUCCAGGCGGGGCAGGUGCAGGUCCUGGGGGGCCCUGACGGGAAGUCCGUGCUGGUGACCCUGAAAGCUGGAUCCGUGUUUGGAGAGAUAAGCCUGCUGGCCAUCGGGGGCGGGAAUCGGCGCACGGCCAACGUGGUGGCCCACGGCUUCACCAACCUCUUCAUUUUGGAUAAGAAGGACUUGAACGAAAUUUUGGUGCAUUAUCCUGAAUCUCAGAAGUUACUCCGGAAGAAGGCCAGGCGCAUGCUGAGGAACAACAACAAGCCCAAGGAGAAGAGCGUGCUCAUCCUGCCCCCGCGGGCCGGGACCCCGAAGCUCUUCAACGCGGCCCUCGCUGCAGCAGGGAAGAUGGGCGGCAAAGGGGGCAAGGGCGGCAAGCUGGCCCACCUCCGAGCCCGCCUCAAGGAGCUGGCCGCGCUGGAGGCCGCCGCCAGGCAGCAGCAGCUGCUGGAGCAGGCCAAGAAGUCGCAAGAAGCCACAGGAGAGGGGGACGAGGCAGGCUCUGCCGCCCAGGACCAGCCCCAGGCCCCCUCGGCCCCCUCGGCCCCCUCGGCCCCCCCGGCCCCCCCGGCCCCCCCGGCCCCCCUGUCCCCCUCGGCCCCCUCGGUGGCGCCUGCCCCUGGCCAGCCUGCGCCCCAGGAGCCCCCGGCCGCGCGCUCUGCGUCGCCUGCCUCCCCCAGGAAGCCCGAGGCAGGCGGGGGAGGAGUGGUGGGGCCGGAGGAGCGCUCGGUGCGGAUCGGCAUGAGCCCUGGUCCGGAUCCAGGCGAGCCGUCUCUGUCCAUAGAAAUGCCCGAGGAGAAGAAGGAGGCGGUGGAGUGAGUGAGGGUCGCCCGCGCGCCCUGUGCAGGGUCCCGUGCGUCCGAGGACGCCUGCCGGCUUUAGUGGCCUCAGUCGAGCCAACCUUCCCAUUCCUACGACGCCUCCUGAAGGACUUGGUCUUGAAAUCAGCAAAUGUCCAUCAAAUGUCGGUGUCCCCAAGCUCCCACAGUCCCCGGACCACGCUGUGGCUUAUAUUUUAAAAGAACAAAAUCACUUUCCGCUUUUAAAUUUCAUCUGCAGGUGAUAGAAUGAGGCUCUGAGGUCUCUGGAAGUUUUUGGAGAAGUCAGGUCUGGGGGUGGGAGGGCUUCUCCGGAUUCGUCCCUUUAUGUCCCCUUUAUGUCAAGGGUAAGAAACAAUGGGGGGGGGGGCAGCCUGCUGUCCGUGGUGAUCCUGGUCGGAACAGGGAAUGCUGUUUUCCUUGGCUAGGCAGUUAAGGGACAUUAAAGGACAUGCAGCUUAUUAGGCUGGCCCUGCAUGUUCCCCCGACUACAUUCAAUUGCCUGUCUGACGCCAUUAUGUCAGAGCAGAGAAGAGGGAAACGGACUUGGUGGAAAUGGACUUAGCUUUCCCAGGUAAAGGGCAGCCCUGUGGGAGCAUCCUCAGCCUGUCACCCUGAAAAGCCCCAUUUCUCACCAGCAGGGAUCAGGCCGUCACUUGCCUUAGACACCCUUGCUGUAGAAAUGGUGGCAGCGACUUGGAUUAAUCCUCAAAAAUGUAAUCUCACAGCUGCUGACACCACUUAAAUCCCUGAAGUCCCUCCAGAUCAUGUCAUGUUUAUAUGAUUAAAAAAAAAAAAGCAGAAAGGGUUAUUCAGUCCAUGAAUAUUUAUCAAGAGGAUUUUAUUUGCAUACCGAAUGGCUCUUGGGGGAGCCCAUGAUUAAAAACAGAAUCUGGUAUUGAACCAUUUGUUUCUACCAGCAACCGUGAACCCAAAGGGCUUGAAUUCCAGUAGGUUCUUCCCAUUUUAUAUCAAAUGACAGGACCUGGGGAGCCCCUGAAGGGACUUCCCGAAGGCUCCAAACUGUAGUAUUUGUCCUUCGGCUACAAACAACACUGUGACAUUUUUAAACAACUUGGGAGUUCCCAGGUGGGCCCAAGCAUUUCCAAAUCCCAGAGUGAUGAACAGAUUUAUCUCGUUGAUGUCAUGUCAUGUGACCUGGACAAUCAUUCCACUGAACGCCAUUUCACUGGUAUAGCCGUUCACGACAUUGAGUGGAAUGAUGAUCAGCAUUAUUAUCCUCCUCUUUAAAGGUUUUAGUCAUUUGUUUUAGUAGGUUAAAAACAUUCACAUGGGGCUGGGGACGUAGCUCAGAUGGUGCUUGCCCUGAAUGCACAAGGCCCUGGGUUCAAUCCCCAGCACAAAAAAAAAAAAAAAAAAAAAAAAAAAAUUCACAUGGGUACAAAAGGAUACUCAGGAAAAAUGAUUGAUCCUAUCCCUGGCUCCCAGCCUCCUCAGAGCCCUCUUUGGAAGUAAUCACUGUUAUCAGCUCCCUGUGUAUCCUCUCAGAGAUAUUUUAUGCUUAUGCAAGUAACUAUGUAUAUUCAUUCUUAUUCCCUUCCUUUUCUUAUUUUUCUUUUCUUUUCUUAUUUUUUUUUGUUUGUUUGUUUGUUUUUGUUUUUGAGACAUGGUCUUGCUUUGUUACCCAGGCUGGCCUCAAACUCCUGGGCUCAAGCAAUCCUCCUGCCUCUGCCUCCCAAGUAACUGGGACUAUAGGCAUGAGCCACCAUGUCCCGCUCCUCCCUCUUCCUCCCCCUCUGGCACCUUCUCCUCCUUUAUAAGUGGCAACCCACAGUAGGCCCACCAUUCUUCUCCAUCUUAUUUAUUCUAGAGAUUGUUCCCUAUCAGUACAUAAAGAACAUGCCUAUGUUUUCAUGGAUGGCAAUCUAGCCCAUCGGAUGGACGUAUCAUGGUACUUAAACCAUCUCCAUCGACAAGCAUUGAUGAUUCCAAUCCAAUGCUGUUAAAAAAAAUAAUGUGCAAUCUGAUUGUCACGUACAGGGGCUGCCGGUGUAGCUCGGUGGUAGGAAACUUACCUGGCAUGAGCCAGGCUCUAGGUUUCACCCCAGCACUGGAAAAAAUCUUGUAUGGACCUAAUUUCACUGGCACAGUCUUUUUAAAUGGGGAAGGUCUGGGAGUUUAGGAGGAUUUCUUCUCUUACCCUCAUUUAUCAUUCCCAUAUUCACACCGCAUCUUCUAAGACCCAAGCACAGAGAAUGCUUCCACUCUUAGCAAGUUAUUUCUGAUCUUCACAGAAGGUAAACAUAUCGCCCUUCUGUAGACGGCAAAACGUUUCAAUGGCACCUUCACUGUGAAUCCUGUUUCAUAAGGAAUCUUUUGUAUGUGAAUGUUCUUCUUUCUUUAGUUGUCAAUUCUUGAACUCUUACUGCUUAUUAUGUAAAACAAGAGAUUCUUACCGUUCUCAAUAAUUGCCCUGGAAAGAAAUUGAUUUUGAAGUGAGACGAACAGUGUCUUAAUUUCACUGAGCUAUCUUAAAUCAAAUUCAACACUUUCCCCAAUCCUGGAUAUUGGGUCAAUUGAGUUCAAGACGGGCAUGAUUCUCCAGAUUGCAUUGGACUGUUGGUUGCUGAGAUAUGGAACAGCUCAGAAACAGUGUCAUUCUACAGUCGAGGAAUUCUAGGACCUUUAUCUGUGUAUGUUGAAUCUGUGCAUUUUGAAUGUCUCAAUAUUUCCUGCAUUUGGGUAGAAAAUGAAUAGCAAGUUAUUUUUUCAACGACAUAAAUAUUUUAAACCAGACCAAGAAGCUGUUUAAAAUUUCAUAAUCAAAAUGUGUUCAGCUAUCAGGAAUAUUAUAAUCUGUUUCCUUAGUAAACAUGAAUACUUCACAUGCACACUGGGGCUUUCAGAUUACAGCGCAUUUUAAUUAAAGUAUUUAGACAAA